CGGUCGAACAGAGCUGCUACAUCCGGGCGACUGGCAGCCUCCGGUUGUUUUCUUGGCUGAAGUGGGGGAAAGUGAGGCGAACCCGGCAGCCGCGACCGUGGGUCCGGAUCUACUGCACCGGCCCGGCCGCACGAACUUGCUUCACAGCAAGUAAACAGAAGUUUCUGGCUUGAUUUGGCUGUGCUUGUUUUAUCUUGAAGUGAUCCUAAAGCAUGUCUGGAUUUCUAGAAGGUUGGCGGUGCUCAGAAUGCAUUGACUGGGGGGAAAAGCGGAACACUAUUGCUUCCAUUGCUGCGGGGGUUCUGUUUUUCACAGGUUGGUGGAUCAUAAUAGAUGCAGCUGUUAAUUAUCCCAACAUGAAGGAUUUCAACCACUCGUAUCAUGCCUGUGGUGUUAUAGCCACCAUAGCCUUCUUAAUGUAAGUGUCAUCCCUACCCCACCUACACACAAAGGGUGUGUCGCGUCUGGUAAAUUGUUCUUUCUUUUCAGGUGCUCGCAUCUGGUUGUUCAUCGGUUUCAUGUUGGCCUUUGGAUCUCUGAUUGCAUCUAUGUGGAUUCUCUUUGGAGGUUAUGUUGCAAAGGAAAAAGAAAUAGUGUACCCUGGAAUUGCUGUGUUUUUCCAGAAUGCCUUCAUCUUCUUUGGAGGGCUGGUGUUUAAGUUCGGCCGCACUGAAGACUUGUGGCAAUGAGGACCUGGAUAUCUGGUGACGCAGUCUGGCACAGGGCUUUUUCCUGCUCACCGCAGUUUUUCUAUUGCCAUUUUCUAAACUGGUUCCUGAGUGUUGUCUCAGCUUAGGGAUGCAAUGCUAAAUCAUGACAGCUUCCUCUGUAAGCAGCAGCACAGUCUAUCCUGGGGUGCGUCUGGUCAGCCUCAGUAAUGCUAAAAGACCGUGCACACCUGUCAACUUUUAUCAUGGUGUACUUUGUAAAAAUAAAGGAAAUUAUGAAAGGA